GUCGUUUCGACGAUGAUUCCGGCAUUUCAGUUGAUAUCCGACGCCGGCGACGCUCUGAUGACGCUCGACAAUCGCGGAUCGACGAUCUAGAUCGAGUCGACAAUCUUAACAUGUUUACCGAGAGGAUAGCGCGAGUGUUGUUUCCACUGAUUUUUCCGCGCGAUUAACACUCGAAGAAAUUUGGAAAAUUUACUUUGACAGUGAGUGAAAGUUUGACGGUGUUGUAGUGAGCAUGUGGUGGGUUUAUUUCCAAGGAUUCAUCCUCGUGGCGGCCGCUGGGAGAGAAAGCUACGAGAGGAUAGCAUACUUCUGGCACAUCACCGACAUUCACUUCAACCCCCACCACGGAGACGCAAAAAAAGGAUGUGGUCGCUCCGAGUAUGACAGCGUUUCAUCAACGAGGAACCAAAGAAGAUCAAUGGGCAAAUACGGGGACUACACCUGCGACGCUCCGUGGGAGCUUAUAGAAUCCGCUUCCAAAACCAUGAUGAAUAGACAAAACGACAACGUAGAUUUCGUCCUGUGGACGGGGGACGCCCUUUCCCACAACAAUGCCAAAAAAUUGCACGAAAACGUCAAACUGCAGCUGCUACAGAAUUUGACCGACUUGCUAAUGAAGACUUUCAGUUCUCAGUUCGUCUUCCCAGCGUUGGGCCAUGAUGAUCCCAUGGCGAAGAAAGAACUGGGAAAAAUGUGGAGUCGAUGGUUACCUACAGACUCUAUGCACACUUUUGCCAAAGGUGGGUACUACAUGAUCGACCGCAAAAUGCUGCGUCUACAAAUCAUCGUUUUGAAUACGAACCUCAUGAGAAGAGGCGACAACGACGAGGAGGCGACGGAACAAUGGAGGUGGCUGCAUACCGUGUUAGAGAAGUUUCAACUGGACCGUAAAACGGUGUACCUCGUCGGUCACAUGCCUCCGGGAUCUCACGAACGCCAGAGGGGAUUCCCGCAGGCUCACGCGGCCCAUUUGGUCUACACAGAUUACCAUAACAGAAAGUACCUGGAGCUGGUGCGGAAGUUCGCCGACAUCAUCGUCGGACAGUUUUUCGGACACCUGCACUCGGACACCUUCAGGGUCAUCUACGGGGAAAGAGGGCGGCCGGUGUCCUGGGCCCUCCUCGCCCCGUCCAUUACGCCGAAGAGGUCUUCAGAAGGGGCCAACAACCCCGGCUUAAGGAUAUACAAAUUCGACAAAGACACGGGCCAGGUAUUGGACUACACUCAGUACUAUCUGGACCUGUCUCAAGCCAAUUCGAAAUCCAAAGGUGAAGCGAACUGGUCGAUAGAAUACACUUUUAGCUCGUAUUAUGGGAUAAGCGAGAUAACACCAAACACUUUGCACCAGCUGGCGGACAAAUUGACGGCGGUGAACCACAACACAUUCUUUGACAGAUACUACACAGCAAAUUCUGUCAAACUCUACAGCAACCCCCACCAGAGCUGCGAUGCCAACUGUGCGCACAACCACUACUGUGCUAUAACGCGUGUGGAUUACGAAGAAUUCGCACACUGUUUGAAGACUGCAGCAAGUGCUCUCGCUUCUUCUUCCUUUUUGGUUCCAGUCCCCAACCUGUCUCUAAUCGUACUCAUUUCAAUUCUUGUGAUCAUCAAAGUGUGAUAGACUCGUUAAACAUAGGCGAUUAAGUAAAUAAAAGUGUAAAAAUUAUCGUAAAGCUGUGCAACCUGUUUUUGAGUCUCUUUUAGUAAAAAUUGGUAACAUUCCGUUUCGCUGAGGAUUUCUGGUGCUACCUUUGCUCAUUGAAAAAUCAGACACCGUAAACUACUUGGAUUUUUUCUUGUACCAGCCUACUGAAACGGACUCAAGACUAUGUAAAUUUGAACUAAAUUAGAAUUUAUGGAAUUGGUACUAUUAAAUUUUAUGGAUGAGCGGAUGCACUAUUUAUCUAAAAUAUUUUUAUAUCGAUGCAGUGUAAAUAUAUAAAACGUAUAAAACGCAAAGGUAUAAAUGCAUCUAACAUCAAAUUGUAAUAUAAAGCUUUUUAUGUGACGUUUUUAAAGGGACAACUUUCGGUGCGACCCUCCUCUAAAAAAACGUUUUUGAAUCAAGCUAAAGCCGCGCCGUUUUUAAAAAUACCCCAUAAAUAAUCUGUGUUUCCGUGGUUUAAAAACUAAUCCUUGUUACCCUCUCAAAACAGAGUUUAUAUUUACGAGAAUCCUGCCAGGAUGUGUAAGGAUUAAAAUUGCAAGAUGUGUUCUUGUGUGAUAACGUACUACAAUUUAGGUAAACGAUUUCAUGUAUUUUUAUAUCAUUUAAACGUUCUAAAAUGUAUAUAACGAUGUAAGGAUUGUUGGAUGCGACAAAACUGACCAAAAUUUGCUAUUAUAUAGCACCACUAUUAUAGCUGUCUACUAUAUUAUAUAUCCUUGACUCAAUAAUUGUUAUGAAUUUUAUUAAACCUACUAUAUGUACUCGACAUUGGUGUGCCUGCGCAGCCCCGGCGUUUCGUACUUCUUAAAUACUCAUCAUCAUCAUCAUCAGUCUCGUUCUUGAAGGCACACCCUCUUAUACUCUAUCACGUGACAGCGCAUACCCGUCACGUGGUACCGUAUACAACUUUAUGUUCCCCAAACUUAUAAUAACUGUCCUUACUGUAUGUUAAUGAAACGAUGUUUUGAUACUGUGACCAUUUUUAUGCUUUUAAAAGAAAUGUAAUUAUACCGAUGCCACUGUGAAUACUUGAACUAAUUGUUGUACGUAGUUGUUAAUCU